AGGCAUACCAAAGGUACUAUUGCAACGGCUUCCAUUAAUGAUAUCGAUUUUCUGAAGCCAGUAAAAAUGGGCAAUCUUAUAACUGCUAUAGGAAGGCUGACCUUUACUUCCACAAAAUCGAUGGAAGUUCAGGUUCAAGUUAUCGCAGAAGAUAUCUGGGCUAAUAACAGUAAUCGAUAUGUAGCUAGUAGCGCCUUUUAUAAUUUUGUGGUAUUACAAAAGAAUGAUAAAGUUCCAUCAUUAAUACUAACUAGUGAUUACGAAAAGCGAUUAUUCGAAGAAGGCAGAAUACGCUAUGAAAAUAGGAAAAAAAUGUUUAAAAAGAAAUAA